AGUUUGGCUUUAAUCAUGAAUCACUGUGACGUCACCUCCCGCCGCGCUGGUGUUCCUCCUCAGAUUGCCGUGUGUGGAGGGAUGGCCACACCGUUUGUUCCGGUACCGGUGCCCAUCGAGCGCGCCCCGCGGCCGGACAGUAAAAGUCCCGUCACCCGCGCCAGGCUCAACGGAACCGAGCGCUCUGUGGAAUAUUCCAGCUGCCCGCUUCCAGAGACCCCGGGACAGAGCUGGGAGGAGCGGCCCAUCACACCCACUGUGCUGGGGUAUGAGGUGAUGGAGGAGAGGGCCAAGUUCACAGUCUAUAAGGUUCUGGUGAAGAAGACUGUGGACGAGAGCUGGGUCGUGUUCAGACGCUACACUGACUUCUCAAGACUCAACGAUAAGCUGAAGGACAUGUUUCCGGGGUUCAGACUGUCUCUUCCUCCGAAGCGCUGGUUCAAAGACAACUAUGAGACGGAGUUCUUGGAGGACAGACAGCUGGGUCUGCAGACCUUCCUCCAGAACCUCGUGGCCCAUAAAGACAUCUCCAACUGUGCGGCGGUGCGAGAGUUCCUGUGUCUGGACGAUCCUCCUGGACCCUUUGACAGUCUGGAGGAGAGUCGGGCGUUCUGUGAGACUCUAGAGGAGUGUAACUACAGGCUUCAGAAGGAACUUCUUGAUAAACAGCGAGAGAUAAACUGCUUAAAGAAAACACUGGAAGAGAAAGAGCGGCACAUUCAGACGCUGGAAGGACGAAUCAACGGGGACGUUCUCACUCCAGACAGUCCGUGUUGUGUGUCCGGAGCGGGCAGCGACUGCAGUCUGGACGUAGAGUCUUCUGCUGUGGAGGCCGAUCAGGAGCUGCCCGAUGAAACACAGGCUGUGCUCCGCUCGUCUCAGGGCUCUGUGUGUUGGUGUGGUCCGUCCAUCAGCGGUGCGUCUCCUCCUGUAGUUCAGGUCACUGCUCUGGACCACUGAGCGUCUCUCUGGGGUUAUUCUGGUUCCCGUCUGCAGUCGUGAUGGAGGAGGCACCAUGUGAGGUUUAGCCCCGACACGAGCACGCCACACGCCUCACCCGACGACAGGAAGCAGAAUCACUCGACAAUCAGCAGCACACCGAGACUGAGAGCCGCUGCUGGAACACAUCUCUCUGUUCUCAGGGUCACGUCUGUUUUCAGUUUAGUUUUUGAGGUGUAAAUGAGUGAGACUGGUGUUGUUCACUGUCAUCAGUUGAUGGUCAUCAUAAUCAUGCAGUGCUCGUGUGUUAGUUUUUAGUUCAGUUUUCUGCUUCACUGAAAGCCAUAUUUACAUCCCAGCCGAGGCCUGUGGCUCUGUAUGCACUUUACGGUCCUGAGGGAUUAUGGGAUAUAUGCUUCUACACUACUUGAUGAAAUCAUGUCCAACACUUCAUUAAAGCUUCGUUUGAAGCCGUGUGCCUUCUCACAGAGUUUCACCGAUGACACGGGCCUUGUGUCUUUCCCCAGAGUUUUAUGUAUUUAAAGACUUGCAUAUUAACAUGUGCUUUCUGUUUGUUCUGUUUGCUUCUGCGAUGCUUCAGAAUGUCUCUCCGUGUGUUUUGUGCUCGAUGAAUUGAUCAUGUUUCACUGGAGGAAGGAUAUACAGAAGCAGAUGCUCUCUUCAUCGACUGUGACUUAAACUCCACUGAACUUAAUGUCUUCACGUUUACAGCAAUAUAAUCUGUUUCUGUCACACUUCUGAUCCGGUUCAUGCUUCUUGGGUUGAUGGCUCUGACAACAACAGUUAUGCAAAUAUGUCCCUGAUGUUCAGAGGAUUGUGGGAUGGACUGAGAAAUAUUGCCAAUGUUCUGAUCAUUAGAAAUGAAUUUAAUAAAGAAGCUUCUCUGUGUCAGGACACUUUCAGUGGAGUCUGUAUCUCACAUGUAAUGGAAAAGAUGUCAUUUAAUUACAAAAAAGAUGCAACUCUAAUAUUUACAGUUACUGGAAAAAAAUGUGUAAUUAAAUUACAGGUACUUAUGAAAUGAUUAGAUUACAAAAAUACAAAGGGGGUUACAUGUCAAUAUUUUCAGACACGUACAGAUUUUGUUAAUUUUUUUUUCUCCAAAUUGCGUUGACUGCUUUAAAAUAUAAGACACCAAUGUUUCAGGAGUUAGGAACGUGCUUAUUUGAUUUGGAUUUGUGUUUAUUCUUUAUUAUCUAAGAUGAACUGUUUUCCCCCUGAUGCAUUGUUAGAUGUGUUUCCCAUCAUAGCUGUUAAACUAUAUCUUCAAACCUGUUUUUAACCUAAGAAAGAUCUCAAAGUAAGUCUGGUUUUCUUGUGGCUGUGCUUUAAAAUUCAAUAAUUAUAAUUUUAAUUCAAGUGAAGAAGGAUUCUGACAGGAAUCAGAGCACUUCUGUAAGAUUAACCCGGUCUCAAAAUGAGAACAGUCGAAGAUAUUUGUUAGAAAUGUAGAAAAGUAAUCAAAUGUAAUCGGUUACGUUAAUAAAGUAAUUAAAAUAGUUACACUACUUAUUACAUUUUAAAUAGGGUAACCUGUUAUCUGUUGCCUAUUAAAGAAACCUUCCCAACA